GCUAGCUAGGUAGCUAAAGUUGUGUCCUGCGCCUGUGUCAAAGGGGCCAAGCGAGAGGAUGAUGAGGAUACAACGACACCAACUAGAAAGCGUCGAGAUGGAUUCAAACAAGUUUCUGUGCUAAGAGGAUGUUUAUCCAGUGAUGGGUGUCUGACUGAAUUGUCCAACAACAAACCAGAGUCUAGGAGAUAAGACUCAUCGUCUGGUGAUGCCAUCGAUGGAGGUGAUCUCUUACGACAUAGCUUCUGACGCUGAAUUUGCCACUAACGUUAUAAGAUUCACGUCAAAUUAUUUAUUCCAGUUAGAUAUUCAUAUUAUAUUUAAGAUAUGUUUGGUGUUGUUUAAACGUUUCUAUAAGCGCCUCUUCGUAGUUUACAUUUCAGCUAGCUAUAAAACAUAGCUAAGUUAGCUUGGUUGUUCUGGCCAUGUCUGAGCUAACAUUAGUAAUUCGCAUUCACUUAAUUAUCGACAGCUUAAUAGACGCAGUCAGAGUGAAGUGCUCAACUACUGAAAACAGAAAAUAACAUCGACGUCCCUGCUUUGUUGUGAUUUAUUGUGGGACUGUCACCUUGCUUACGUUAGCCACCGUUGGCUAACUAUUAGGUAACUAUUAGCUAGCUAACCUCUGACUACAUUAACGUCACUAGCUAACGUUAUUUAUGCCUGGCUAUAACAACCAUCUAGCAUUAGUAGCUACACAGCUAGCCACUUCUUUGCCCUGUUACUGGCUUCGUGUUGGUCACAAAAUGCAUCAACAGGACUUUUCAGGAGAUUCCUCUGGGUCUAGGAAGAUGUCUUUCCACAAUAGAAGAAGCAGUAACACCACCGGUAGUGGCGGUGCAUCAGGGUCUUCUGCAGGUAGCAGUAAUGUAAUUCCCACUGAUGAUUAUCAGUCAACUAGCCAGGCUGGGUCCUCCUCCCCUGGGCCGCACCACCAACCCCUGAGCCUUAACCUCCCCCAGUCCGGGUCUCAGGUGAAAAAGAAGAGUGGCUUCCAGAUAACUAGCGUGACCCCGGCCCAGGUCUCUGUUAGCACCAACAACAGCAUAGCGGAUGACACAGAGAGUUAUGAUGACAUGGAUGAAUCCCACACAGAGGACCUGUCCUCCUCUGAAAUACAGGAAGUGUCCGUAUCUCGGGACACCGGCGUCCCUGAGAGGAGCUCCUCGGACGAGACCCUGAACAGCCCCCAUGGGGUGGAGACCCCAGGCGCAGCGUCCCCUAACGAACCCCUGAACCCUCACUCCCUACCCCAGGACCCUCCGUGCGAACCCCUGCAGCCUCAGGGCCCUCCGCAGCCUGGUAACAUGGUGAAUGGGACUGUGCAUAAUCUGCAAGAGAAUGUGGUGCCAGCAGCCUUUACUGUCUCAGUGGCAGGGGGGAGUUCCUCUGAAAUGGCUGAGCCCAACCAGACCCAGGUGGGGCAGGAUAUGGUGGAGAAUACCACCGCCCAGUUCUCUGUUACCAUCACUGCUGGGCCAGGCAUGGAUGUGUCAUCCAUAGUCAGUGGUAGUGGUGUCCCUCCCUCUGCGGGCCCUAUAAUCUUUGACAGUAGUGGAGGCCGGCAAGGGACAUCCAGUGGAGUAGGGGCUCUCCCUGGAGGCACAGGGCCCACCAAUAGCACUCAGAUUGGGGUGUCAGUAGCAGUGGCACAGCCUGUGACCUCCAGCACCCAGACACAACAGACUCAGACCCAAGCCCCUCCGGGGUCUCGCUUCAGAGUGGUGAAGCUGGACUCUAACUCAGAGCCGUUCCGCAAGGGAAGAUGGAUGUGUACAGAGUACUAUGAGAAGGAGGUUCCCCCUGCCGUGCCCACUUCUGACCCAGCCCCUGCACCCAGCGCUGCCGGCCCAGAGAGCCAAGCAGGGAAUGGAAGUGUGGUGGCCGGUGUUGUCCAAUACGGAGGCACAGAGAUGGGAGCAGUGGCACCCCAGAUCUUGCAGCCAUACCAGCACCAGGACUACACCAGCCCUGAGACUGUCCAGAACUCUCAGCAGGCCCACAUGGUCCCUCAGGACCCUAACCCUCUCCUGUUGCAGCAGACCAGCAUGGUCCCCCAUGGUACUCUACCAGCAGCCCCCCAGGUGAAUUCCCAGGGCGCUCGGAGUCAGGCCAUGCCCCAGCAGAUGCCCUAUGAUAUGGAGCAUGCACAGACAGGCUACCCCAUGCCCCAGCUCCCAGCGGGGCUAGUGAGCCAGACAGGCAGCCGGCCUCCAGACUUCAUCCAGCCUACGGCUCCUCUCCAGUCCCAGGUCCUCCCCCCACACCCUGGCUCUCUUGGGGUGUCCAUGCCUGGCCCGGCCGCUGUCCCUCAACCCCUUCAGAGUCAGCUCCAGAACCUCCCAGCUCAGCAGCUGCACCAGCACCCGUCCGCCCCUUUCGUGACCACACUCCGAGCUGACCUCCAGCCCCUCCUGACUCACGGGGUGCCCCUCAGCCACACCAGCCUGGCCCAAAGCGGGGCUCUGUACGGGGGAAGCAUCCCCACCCUAACGGCAUCCCAGCUGGAGGAUGCCCAGAGGCUGCUGUUUCAACACCAGUCCAUGCUGACGCUGCCCCGGCUGGGGGCUGCAGGAGGGGGCAGCUCCAUGAAGAGCAUGGGGAUGGCUGGAGAUGCCAGUGCCUUAGUGGCCGCUGCUGCAAGCCUGAGGACACAGUCUGCAGAUGGAGAGGAGGACAGCUCUUCUGGUGCCAGUUUGGUGGCCAUCGACAAUAAAAUCGAACAAGCAAUGGACCUGGUAAAGAGCCACCUGAUGUAUGCUGUGAGAGAGGAGGUAGAUGUGUUGAAGGAACAGAUUAAGGAGCUGGUAGAGAGGAACUCCCAGUUGGAGCAGGAGAACAGCCUCCUGAAAACCCUGGCCAGCCCAGAGCAGAUGGCUCAGUUCCAGGCUCAGGUCCAGCCCAGCUCUGGCUCCCCGACAGGGACAGGCUCCUCUAACCCCCAGCCUCAGCCCCUGCCGUCCUCACAGAGCUCUGGGACCUCUACAUAGCCCCCCUCCUCGGAGAGACGUACGCAGGGGGGGGGGGAGGAGGGAGGAGAACCUUUACUCUACUGUGAACUGACCUCAUGCGAAGAAACAAGAACCAUUAUUGCUCAAUCAAGGAGAGACCGCUACAAAAAUAUAAACCAUGUUUUGCACAUUUAUUUAACUGACCAAAGACAAUGAUGGACACUUGUGUGUCAGGUGUUCUCUUAGCUUGGAAUGCUUCAGACGAUCGCCAUGGAGACCAGGGAGGUGAAUGGAACAGAUGGACAGUUGUCAUGGAGAUGAAACAUCUCUACAGUGACUGUUGAAUUGUGCCGUUUUGCUGCCAUUUCUUUACAUUUUCAUUUAGUUGUUUUUGUUGGAUUAUUACCGAGCUGUGAAUUGAAUCAAAGAACAAGGAAUGAGGGACCAUUAAAGAGGAAACCCCAUCUGGUAUGGGGCGUAGGGUGGAACAUACAGUGCAUUUGGAAAUAAAUUCAGACCACUUUUAGUUUUUCCAAAUUUUGUUGCAUUACAGUCCAUUCUAAAAUUGAUUAAAUAGUUUUUUCCCACAUCAAUCUACACACAUUACCCCAUAAUGACUA